GUCCACAAUGUUGCCAAACCUUACCUUGGUUAAUGGAAUAUAAAGGCCAGAGAAACGCAUCCUGUCACCACUGUUAGUCCGGCCGCCUUGGAGCUUACAUCCCGUGGACCAUAAUCAACAUUAGAGCUAUCGAGUCGCCUGGAGUACGCUGAUUAAUGAAGAUGUGGCUGCCAGUUGUGCUGGUUUCCCUCUUACUUGGAGGUCUACCAGCGACCCAUGCAACCGCUGGAACCAGAUCCUGCAACAACAACGGCAUCGUGGUGCUUCAUGGAAUGCCGUUGGUGACAGUAGAUCACAAGUGCGUGCAGAUUUUGUGUUUGAACGGAUUACCUAUGCCCAAGUUGUUUGAAAAUGCAAAUUCUGGCUGUUGCGAAUUCAAGAACACUCUGUAUGCCCCUGGACAAGUGUUUCUAGACGGCUGCGUCAAGAUGACCUGUGAAAAGAGCAAAUGGAAGCCUGUGGGAAACACCGAGUUCAGAUGUAAACGUUGUGAAGUGUUCAACGAUCCCCAUUUCAUGAGUUUUGACCGGCACAGGUUCGACUACCACGGAGAAUGCACAUACGCCCUCACUCAGGAGCAAUUCAGUAGGACUCCCAACUUUGGAAUUUUCACAGAAUUCAAGAAAUGCUACGCAGUGCCGUCGUGCCUUCACAGAACUAUCUUUAAGGACAAUCCCAAGUUGUUGAUCGGCAUCGGGUAUCUAGGUCUCAAUGCUCCCAAAAUUUAUGAUAUACUUAUCAAUGGAGAGAAGUUCACCAUCCCUGGUGAUAAUUACGCCCACAGACUGAUAGUGAAGGAAGAGGAUCAGGACGUGCUGGUCUGGCGUCAAGGUUCUUGCAUCAGGAUUCUCGGAUCCAAUGGACUUACGCUUCAACAAUGCACAAAUAGUAUUGACAUCUGGGCUCAUCCUGACCUGAAGAAUAAAGUUAAUGGGUUAUGUGGAAGUCCUGACGAUAACAUAGACAAUGAUUUCACCAGCCGAGGAAAACAAGUCUUCGAUGUCGAAGGAUUUGCACCACAGGAAUUCGCAGAGUCGUGGUUGACCCCGCCUGGCUGCCCUGCCGGUAGAAAAAAGGGCUCCGCUAAGGCUCGAGAAGUUGUAGACAAAUGCUGGGGAAAUGUUGAAGAUUGGAAUCUUUUAUCGGGCAAAUGCAAUGAAGCUGUUGAAAAUGUGAAACACAAUAACCGUCCAGCAUCUGCACCACUAACCGGUAUACUCAGAGACGCUUGUACCUUCGACCUGUGUAUGAUUAAGAAUGGAGAGCAGAACCCGGAGCCGGAGAUGGAUAAGUGGCUCAAUACAGUGCAGGAGAUGACGGAGCAACGAAUAUUUGUCGAAACCAUGACUGAAGGGUGCGAUCAUGCUAAGGGGGAGUGUAGUGAUAUCGGUGUACCUCCCAAACCUCCUGCACAUGCACAUACAGUGUGUAACGGGAAUGGCUGCGUCGUUGACCUGCUCUUCAACCCCGCUGUCUUCUCAGGGAAACCCAUCCGUAUUGCUCGCUAAAACUGAAUCAAUUGAUCUAAGGUUUCUUGUUACAGUCUAUAAUAGUUUCAGUGUUUGGUACUAGACAUACACAGUAAUGAUUAAUGUUUUUUUCUGAGGCAAGAACUAAUUUCAGACUGUAAAGAAAAUAUUGCCGUAGUAUAUUCCUUUGUACCAUUAAAGGUCCGAUAGGUAAUCAAAAUUAA